GUGACAACUUUGCCUCGGAAGUGCCACCAUCAUUGUGUUUAUCUUCUUGUUCACAUAUAUACUACUUCUGUUUUGGGACGAAUUUGUACCCACCCCAUUAUUUCAAUUCAUGAUUCUCCCCCUUUAUGACUCAAUGAUGUACUUUUGGGGUGGUCCCUAAAUACAACAUUUCCAAAGUCCCAUUUCUGCCACACUGCGCAUGCUUCAGAACACUCAAUCAGACAGGUAGUUUAGACAGAGAUAUCGACACUUAAGGUGUGUGUCUUGAAGAGGUAUACCAAGACGAACAGACAUCCCCUGUAUUACAUUCAACUUCACAGGUAGAACGGUAGCAGUAUAAACCAACCAUGUGUGACGACGAGGACACCUCACCGGUGGUCGUGGAUAACGGCUCCGGCAUGUGUAAGGCCGGGUUUGCGGGGGACGACGCGCCCAGGGCCGUCUUCCCGUCCGUAAUAGGGCGGCCUCGGCACCAGGCUACAAUGGUCGGCAUGGGCCAGAAGGACAGCUAUGUCGGUGACGAGGCCCAGAGCAAGAGGGGCAUCUUGUCACUUAAUUACCCAAUAGAGCACGGCAUCGUCACCAACUGGGACGAUAUGGAGAAGAUCUGGCACCACACCUUCUACAACGAGCUACGUGUCGCUCCGGAGGAACACCCCGUUCUAUUGACAGAAGCGCCUCUGAAUCCAAAGUCCAACAGGGAAAAGAUGACACAGAUCAUGUUUGAGACCUUCAAUGCGCCCGCUAUGUACAUCAACAUCCAAGCCGUGCUGUCCCUGUACGCCUCCGGCCGCACCACGGGGCUGGUGAUGGACUCCGGGGACGGCGUGACCCACACCGUGCCGAUCUACGAGGGGUACUCGCUUCCUCACGCCAUCCAGCGCCUGGACCUGGCCGGAAGGGACCUGACAGACAACAUGAUGAGGAUCUUGAGAGAGAGGGGAUACAGCUUCAAUAGUACAGCUGAACGCGAGAUCGUCCGUGACAUCAAGGAGAAGUUGUGCUACGUCGCCCUGGACUUCGAGCAGGAGAUGAUCACAGCCACCACCAGCUCCGCUGUAGAGAAGAGCUACGAGCUGCCGGACGGACAGAUCGUCAUCAUCGGCGACGAGAGGUUCCGGGCCCCGGAGACACUGUUUCAGCCUUCCUUUAUUGGUGUUGAGGCACAUGGUAUCCAUGAACUGACGUAUGACGGCAUCAUGAAGUGCGACAUCGACAUCCGUAAGGACCUGUACGCUAAUGUAGUCCUGUCGGGCGGUACCACCAUGUUCCCAGGCGUGGCCGAGCGCAUGCAGAAGGAAAUCACCGCCAUGGCACCCAGCACCAUGAAGGUCAAAGUCAUCGCUCCUCCCGAGAGGAAGUACUCCGUGUGGAUCGGAGGGUCCAUCCUUGGAUCCUUGUCCACCUUCCAAGAGAUGUGGGUCAGUAAAGAAGAGUACGACGAGUCCGGGCCGGGUAUUGUCCACAGGAAAUGCUUCUAGUCGUCGUUCAUUCCAAAGCUGCUUGUAUCGCAGUGUCACCUUAACCAUUAGAAUAAGCAUGUAAGGCCGCGGUCAAAUAGGUCGUGCGAUCGUUCUAUGAUUUUGAUGCCAUAGGAUUUUCAAGUAGGCCGUGACAAUACCAACCACCGACAUGGAACCCGACCAGCAUUUUGUGUACCAAGUUGAACUUUGCAGGAGACGUACAUUUUUUGUCCUCUAAAAUGCCCGAAGUUAACGAUCGUACGACGAUCGCACGACCAAUGUGACAGGGCCCUAACGCUCCUUCCCAGCAAUGCAAGGAACUAAGUAUACGUAAAUGAUACGGAUAAACAUUGAUGACACAAAUAAAUUACAUGACGGUUUCUUUGAAGUAAACUCUAUCAAAGGAAGUCAGAAAAUGAUCACUAAUCGAUGACAAUACUUAGCUUUGUAGAUAAUGCUAUUUAUAUUUACUUGUACAGGAUAUGUGGUACAUUCCAAUACAACUUCCAACGUGUCA